CAGUAAAAUUUAUUGCAAUUUGUUGGAUUUUAUUACGAACACUAUGAAAACUGGCAACUGACUUUAUUUGUACAUAGAAAAACAGUAACGCAUAUAUUCUGAAAAGUCAAAAUCAAAUAAAUGUCCUUAGCGGGAAACGAAACCGGGACCUCUAGUCUAGCUUCUACUAAUGCUGACUCGGCAAGAACCCGAUAAAUUGUAAGUGUCCUUUGACAUGACAUGAAAAACUUCGAAACAUUUUAAUAUCACCAGAUUUCCAAAUUAUUAGAGCCCAACUGGGGAAGUACCUCCACCUUACAGAAAACCGCUGCCAAAUGACACUGGACCCUACUCAUAGUGUUGUGUUCCUGCCGGUGAGUAACGUUGCCAGAGCUUAGGAUCGGCAACGCGCAUGUUGCACUGGAGUUGCAGGCGUCCAUAGGCUACGGAGACUGCUUACCAUCAGGCCGUAUGCUUGUUUGCCACCGACAUAUAUAUAAAAAAACUAGUUAAAUAAAACGAAGGGCCUGAGUGCCCCGAGUUGGACGCGUGAGUCAGUAGACAUCUAACUUUAGCCGGGCAAGUAAUAAGCGAUGACUGACAAUCCGAUAGUGGACGACCACCCCAAAUAAACCAACGCAUUAGCGUUUUGUUGCUUUAUCUAGGAAUUUUAAGUAAUACUUUCUGGAAUUAGUGGUCACUGUGGUCAGAGUCAGAGCACUAAUGAUGGGUGAUAACAAUAGUUGACAAAUCACAAAAUACAUACGGUAAUUUAUUGAAUACCAUAACGACCUGUACUAAAAUAAGCACAAAUAAGUACAGAUUCCUUUAUGAUUAUUUUGCAAUAUUUGUUUGUAAAAAAUCCAAUCCAAAAAUUAGAGGCAAGUGUCUGCCAAAAAAAAAAGUAAGUAAGUAUCUACUAAAAUAUCUUACUUUGUUCGAGGUCUGGGGCGCAGGUCUGUAGUUAUGUACUGUAGGUAGUCAUGACAUGUCACGGGCAAUUGUUGUUUUGGAAAAGUUGCCAAAAUAUCAUAUAAGAUACCUAGUCGUAACUUGAUAAAACGACAUCUCCAACUUCUCAGCUCGAUUUAUUAGAUUUAUUGUCGAUGUUAAGAGUUCCAAAACUUCCCGACCGGAAAUGGUCGAACGGAGCGUGCCGGAAACACGAACAAACAUCCCAACUUAGUGAAAAAAAAAAAAACCAAAACAAAUGCAUUGCGCUUUGGAGCGCCAUUCGCGUGUUUAUUAUUAGCGGUGCAUAAACAAGGUUACAUGGGCCCGUAUCGAUGCGUUUAAAAAGCUAACCCGUCCUGCAAGAAAAGGACGGGAGUUGAGCACGUGGGAAGUGGAUUCCGAACGCACGCACCCCCUCCCGCGCUCGCGCCCCCUCUCCUCAAGGCGCCGCGCGCAGUCAGUCGCGCGCCGACCGUUGAAUCGGUAACACGUACUAAAAUUUCGGGCCAGUGUGUACAGCAACCGCCCUAACGUUGUGCAGUGACCAAGUGGGACCGUUGUGAUUUGUUGUGUGACGUAUAGUUAGUGAGACAGUGUUGUGCACUAUGCGGCUGUACGCCAAGUUAUGAAUGGUCUGGAUAAGUGCUUCUUCGAUCAACGUGAGUCUCAGCAACAUGGAGAUGACUGCAGCUACAGUUAUAUAAGCCUGGGCCGGCUCCACCCGUACGGCUCGGGCAGUGGCAGCGGCUCCAGCUGCGGCAGCGGGCGGCGCGCGCGCAGCCGAGGGCUGUCCGACUCGCCCGCGCCCACCACGCCCACCUCCACCGACAACGCCUCCGACGCCACACUCACGGACUCGGAGCUGCCGACGGCGAGGGACUCCACUCUGCUUGUGCAAAACGGCAUGCUGAGAUCUACAUACGACCGCUCAGACCACGAACGCUGCUUACUGGACGGGACGCGCCCGCCACCCGAUGUGCCGCCGCGCAACCCGACCAUGUCGCGACUGAACGGCCGCAUCACCGGCAACCCCGCCGACUUGGCCGACUUUGAGCCCUCGUGCCUCGUGCGCACGCCCUCUGGCAACUUCUACGUGCCUUCAGGCGACAUACAAAAGAAUCCAUCGAUGGAUUACAAAUCAAACUCCUCGUGUAGUAGUCCAGGCAAGGACAAGAGCACCCUCGAGAGGAUGGACCGUAACGAGCGGCACCCCGCCUUCGGGGCGCCGGUCCCCGUCCUCCCCGUGAGGAACAACCUGCGGGCGACCCACUUCCCUCCGGCUGCCUCGCGGUUCCACUUUAGGAAAGGCCUCUCUUCUAGAUGUUCCUGGAAGUGUACUGCUGUAGUGUUCAUAGUGUUGUUCGUUCUUCUUUUAGCAAUUGCGUCAUAUACAUCAGCAUCAUACUUCGUGACCUCAUAUCAUAACGCGAACCCAUGUUCAGUGGUCGUUGGCGAGUCCACUGAAGUGUUUCCGGCGUCGAAAGCGACGACGCUGGAAUCCAACAAGUCUUUAGCACGACCGCACCAAACGCCGGCCACUGGCUCAGGUAAACGCGCUCGCCGAAGUGUCGACGAGCAUGUUAGUGAACCAUCUUCUCUUUCUUCUUCGGACUCUUCCGCUGUAGAUAUGCAUGAGCUAAUCACGCCUUCUGUGGACACCUUUAGUGUAGUGCAUGGUGUAUCUGAAGGCGAAGAAGACCGGGGCAAUUUUCUUGUGUCUAGUGUAACUGUAGAUAACACUGGUGUGCUAACCGAUGUAGAGCUUAAAUCCACAACCAACAUUGAACUUGGAACGACAACGGACAUACCGCUUAAUAUUAAAACAACGAUGCUUAAUAACCCUCCUGCGGACAAUACUGAAACUAAUAACCCGACUACAGAAACGACUACUGAGGUUAGUAAUCCUAUAGAAGCAAUAAAGGAUGAUAAUCAUACAUAUAAUAGUACAGAUGUGAAGAACGUAGUAACUAACAAGCCUGAUUCACUCAUUAAUAUACCGCCAGAUAUUGCACCAAAACCAAAAAUCGAUCAUGAUAAUAUCGCUUAUGAACCUGAAGCUAUGCAAAGUGAUGCACUUUCAUCCGUUUUGUGGCGAGGUUUACAAAGAGUUAAAUAUUUAAAGUUAGAAUCACAAUUAGAAGAAGUAAACGAGGAACUGCAUAUUAAAAUAAAGGAAUCUGAGGAUAUUGAUAAUGAACUUAAGAAAUUCCAUUAUGAUACUGAACGAAAUGAAGACCAGGUCGUUACAACAUCAGCUAUAACUACAGUACCAGUAACAACUGCAGAGCCAACCAUUUCGGAAACCAAAACUAAAAUAACUACCAUAUCUUCGACAAGUGAAAUUAAUAAAGCACCUGAAAAGCAUGUUAUUAUUUCCACGGAACCAUCACUGAGUGUUACUAACUUUAACAACCCAAUAGAUAGUAAUUCAACAGAUAACAUAGAUGCCGAAGGCUCUACUGUAAAUUUUGCUGAAUCCAAAACCCCGGAAACACCUAACUCAAAACAUGUUAUGAUUAAUCUUACAAUAUCGGCUGAUGGCGCAGACAACUCUGCUUACAAACCGCUUUAUUCAUUGACAGUGAAAGUACCUACAGAUGGCGAAAGCAAUGAGUUACCAAGUGUUCGCAUAACUCCAGUAGAUGUGGCACCAACCGAAUCGACUUUCAACAACCCGAGAAUAAUAGAAUCACCAUUGAAACCAGUGACAUCAGCACCACCUAAAACUAUUUUUGAAGGAGGAACUUGUGAAUGCACUUGUCCCGUAUGCGAUGGGUCAGGAGACGGCUCAUAUGACGAUUAUUAUGAUAAACCGACUACUGAUAAACCCGGCUUCGAAGAGACUUCAAAAACUACAGAUAUCUUCUCAACCUUAAAUUAUAAUACAACCGAAACGACUACAGAAGGGGAAACGUCAACCUAUGAAACAACCAGCGAAGAGGUAUCAACACUGACUGACUCGACAACUGACCUCACCACGGAAACAGCAACCGAAUGCCCGACCACCACUGAGGCACCGAAAUGUGUAUGUCCAAAGAUUACUCCACCACCCAUACUUAUCUUGGAAGGUGCGCGAACAUUCCCCGCACAGUCGUUCCCGCCAGACGGGACGACAUUCAAACAAAUUAACUUAGGUGAAAAAUUAUCAGAAGAAAUCCCUCCAUAUAGUUACUGGAACAUGCAGUUCUAUCAGUCAGAAGCUUCUUACGUCAAGUUCGACUACAUGAUACCUCGGGGAGCGUCAAUUGGCGUGUAUGCGAGGCGAAAUGCUUUGCCCACUCAUACGCAAUACCACUUCCUGGAAGUCCUUAGCGGUUUCAAGGCGAGAUCCACGAGAGCUUCACAUCCAUCCGUAAAGAAAGAAGUAACGCAUUACAUGGAGCAAGGCCACUGGUUCCUAUCACUUUACAACGACGACGGCGACCCCAGGGAAAUAUCCUUCAUCGCGGCGGUGGCUGAAGACAUGACCCAUAAUUGUCCCAACGGCUGCUCAGGCAAGGGCGAGUGCCUUAUGGGGCAUUGCCAAUGUCAACCAGGAUUCGGAGGAGACGACUGUAGCGAGAGUGUAUGUCCAGUUCUAUGCAGCCAACGCGGUGAAUAUAUUAAUGGUGAAUGUCAGUGCAACCCCGGGUGGAAGGGCAAAGAGUGCUCCCUCCGACACGACGAGUGCGAAGUGCCCGACUGCAAUGGUCACGGCCACUGCGUGAACGGAAAGUGUUCUUGCGUGAGGGGCUACAAGGGGAAAUUCUGCGCCGAGGUCGACUGCCCACACCCGACUUGCUCGGGCCAUGGGUUCUGCAUCGAAGGGACCUGUGUGUGCAAGAAAGGGUGGAAAGGCCUAGACUGUGCGACUAUGGACAAGGACGCGCUUCAGUGCCUGCCAGACUGCUCUGGACAUGGGACCUUUGAUGUUGACACGCAAACUUGCACGUGCCAUGCAAGAUGGUCGGGAGAGGACUGCUCCAAAGAGGUGUGCGACCUCGACUGCGGCCCCCACGGCAGAUGUGUGGGAGAGUCGUGCGUCUGUGACCCCGGCUGGACUGGCGAGUUUUGCACGUCUAAACUUUGCGACGCGCGCUGCAGCGACCACGGGCAAUGCAAGAAUGGAACCUGCCUCUGUGUGUCUGGCUGGAACGGGAGACAUUGCACGCUGGAGGGCUGUCCACGAGGCUGUGCUGGCCACGGCCAGUGCCGAGUGGCCAAUGACGGCCACUGGGAGUGCAAAUGCUUCGACGGCUGGGACGGCCCCGACUGCACAACGUUGAAAGAGCAGAUUUGUGAUGAUGGAAAGGAUAAUGAUAAAGAUGGCCUUGUGGACUGCGAAGACCCAGAAUGCUGUCAAUCCGUUGCCUGUAAGGGCAGCCAGCUCUGCGUAUCAUCUCCCAAGCCCACCGACAUCCUGCUGCGCAAGCAACCACCCGCCAUCACGGCAUCCUUCUUCGAGAGGAUGAAGUUCCUCAUCGACGAAGGUAGUCUCCAGAACUAUGCCAAACAGGAGACCUUCAAUGAGAGCCGUUCCGCGGUGAUCCGAGGCCGCGUGGUCACCUCGCUGGGCUCCGGGCUGGUGGGCGUGAGGGUGUCCACGUCCACGCCGCUGGAAGGCUUCACGCUCACGCGGGAGGACGGCUGGUUCGACCUGCUCGUGAACGGCGGUGGCGCGGUCACCCUACACUUUGGACGGGCGCCAUUCAAGCGCUCCUCGCAAGUUGUCUUCGUGCCUUGGAAUGAGGUUGUGAUAAUCGACUCGGUGGUGAUGACGACGGCGGACGAGAAGGGCGGGUCGGGCCCGCCGCAGGCGUGCCUGGCGCACGACUACGACGCCAUGAAGCCCGUGGUGCUCGCCACGUGGAAGCACGGCUUCCAGGGCGCCUGUCCAGACAAGAGCGCCAUACUCGCCGAAUCACAGGUUGUUCAAGAAAGUCUCCAAAUCCCCGGCACCGGAUUAAACCUGGUAUACCACAGCUCUCGAGCUGCUGGCUAUUUAUCCACCAUCCAACUUCAAUUGACGCCCGAAAAAGUACCUCCAACAUUAGCCCUCAUCCAUCUGAGAAUCACGAUCGAAGGAAUCCUGUUCGAAAAGACGUUUGAAGCCGAUCCCGUCAUCAAAUUCACGUAUCCGUGGAACCGGCUGAACGUGUACCGGCAGAGAGUGUAUGGAGUCACCACGGCACUGGUGAAAGUUGGUUACCAAUACACGGACUGCAAAGACAUCAUCUGGAACGUGCAGACGACGAAACUGAGCGGGCACGAUAUGAGCAUAUCUGACGUCGGCGGCUGGAAUCUCGAUAUUCAUCACAGAUACAAUUUCCAUGAAGGUAUCCUGCAGAAGGGCGACGGCACGAACACGUACCUGAAGCACAAGCCGCGGCUGAUCAUCACGGCCAUGGGCGACGGGCGGCAGCGCGGGCUGGAGUGCGCGGAGUGCGCGGGCGCGGCGGGGCGGCAGCGCCUGCUGGCGCCCGUGGCGCUGGCCGCCGCGCCCGACGGCGCGCUCUACGUCGGCGACUUCAACCUCGUGCGCAAGAUCAAGCCCGACGGCGAGGUCAUGACCGUCGUCAAACUCAACGCCACACGGGUGUCAUACCGGUAUCACAUGGCUCUGUCCCCGCUCGACGGCACGCUGUACAUCUCCGACCCCGAGUCCCACCAGAUCAUUAAAGUCCGCAACACCGAGGACUACAGCGACCCCGAGCACAACUGGGAGACGGUGGUCGGCUCCGGCGAGAGAUGCCUGCCUGGAGACGAGGCCCACUGCGGCGACGGAGCUCUAGCUCGAGAUGCCAAGCUGGCCUACCCGAAAGGAGUAGCGGUAUCCAUUGACAACGUCCUAUACUUCGCCGACGGAACUAACAUUCGCAUGGUUGACCGAGAUGGCAUCAUCACUACGGUCAUCGGCAAUCACAUGCACAGAGCGCACUGGAAGCCGAUCCCUUGCGAAGGAACCUUAAGCGUAGAGGAAGUCCAUCUGAGGUGGCCCACGGAACUCGCGAUUAAUCCUUUGGACAACAGCCUUCAUAUUAUCGACGACCAUAUGAUUCUACAGAUGGCUCCGGAUGGCAGGGUCAAAGUGAUUGCUGGACGUCCCCUGCACUGCCCGUCGCCGCUGACCGGCUAUGACAUGGAACUGGCGACGUAUGCUACAUUAGUGAUGCCGCAGAGCAUUGCGUUCGGAGCUGCCGGUGACUUGUACGUAGCUGAAAGUGAUUCUCAGAGAAUAAAUAGAGUGCGAUUGAUAACUACUGAUGGCAAAAUCUCCCUGUAUGCUGGCGCGGAAUCUAAGUGCAACUGUUUGGAACGCGGUUGCGAUUGCUUCGAAGCAGAUCAUUUCCUAGCUUCCAAUUCCAAGUUCAAUACGAUCUCAGCCGUGAUUGUGAGCCCGGACGGCAUCGUGCAUAUAGCAGAUCAGGCGAACUAUAGAAUCCGAUCAGUCAUGGCCAGUAUACCCGACGCCAGUGGUUCAAGGGAGUAUGAGAUAUAUUCACCCGAUACGCAGGAAGUUUACGUUUUCAACAGAUUCGGCCAGCACAUCAUGACAAAGAACAUUCUGACUGGUGAAAAUAACUAUGUGUUCACAUACAACGUAAACACCAGCAACGGCAAGUUGAGCACAGUGACUGACGCGGCCGGUAACAAAGUCUUCCUCUUACGUGAUUAUUCCAGCCAAGUCAAUUCGAUAGAGAACACCAAGGGACAGAAAUGCAGACUCAAGAUGUCCAGAAUGAAAAUGUUACAAGAAUUACGAACACCCGACAAUUUCAAUGUAACAUUCGACUAUCACGGUACCACUGGUUUACUUAAGGCUAAAUAUGAUAGCACCGGACGCAGCUAUAUCUACAAGUAUGAUGAGUUCGGUAGACUGACUUCAGCCGUCACUCCGACCGGCAGAAUCAUUAAUUUGACCUUCGACCUGAGUCUUAAAGGCGCCACGGUUCUGGUGAGCGAAAACAAUAAGAGACCCAUUUCUAUUCUGAUUAAGGGUUCUUCCGUAAACACUAAGGUCGGCGAAGCAGAGAAGAAGACAAUCAUUUCUACGGACGGUAGCAUCUCCACCAGUAUGCCGUGGGGACAUGUUAUUUCAACGGACACUGUUCCAUACACAAUUCUCUCCGAAAUAGAUCCCAUUCUGGGCGAGAGCUACCCCGUGCCCGCGAAGCAGAGAACUGAGGUUGGCGGAGAUUUAGCAAACCGAUUUGAAUGGAGAUACUUCUUGCGCAGAUUACAAUCUAACAAAGGAAAGAGCAGCAAAGCCGUGGCCCAAAUCGGUCGCAAGCUAAGAGUAAACGGUGAGAACCUCCUGACGCUCGAAUACGAUAGAGACUCUUCUACUGUAGCCGUGUUCAUGGAUGAUAAGGUGGAGUUACUGAACGUCACGUACGAUAGAACUGCGAGGCCCGUGAAGUGGGGACCGCGGAAUGGAAUCUUCGCCGAGGUUGAACUAGAGUAUGACAGAUUCAGCCGACUAACCAGCUGGAGAUGGGGCGAUCUUAAUGAAACCUAUGGUUUCGACCGAGCUGGCCGAUUGCACGAGAUCAAAUACGGCGACGGGUCGUCCUUGGCCUAUUCCUUCAGGGAUAUGUUUACUAGUCUUCCACUAAAGGUCACGACUCCUAGAGGCAGCGAUUAUCUGUUAGACUACGACGACUCUGGCGCGCUCCAGAACCUGACCACGCCAAGAGGACACAUCCACACCUUCGCACUGAUGACUUCACUAGGCUAUUUCAAGUACCAAUAUUUCUCGCCGAUGAACAGACAUCCUUAUGAAAUCCUAUACAACGAUGACGGACACAUUCUGGCUAAGAUCUUCCCGCACCAAUCUGGUAAGAUAUUAUACGUGUACGACCAGGCGGGCAAGUUGGAGACGAUAUUAGCUGGCGCGUCCGCUAUCCGCUACGUGUACCACGAAAAUACUCACCUGGUGAAGAAUGUGGAAAUAACGGAUCCCGAUUACGAUCUCAAACAGGACUAUAAGUACCAUGCCGGCAUUCUCAAAGACGAGAAGAUGAAAUUCAACUCUAAGAGUGGUCUUAACAAUGCACACUUCAAAUAUCAGUAUGAUGGCAACGCCAGGCUUUCAACGAUUGACGUUAACAUUAAUAGCAAGGAAAUGCCCCAGUUGAGGCUGAAGUACAACCAAAACAUGGGUACCUUAGAAGGAGUAAGCGACUUGAGGAUCUACAGGAACACGUUCAAUCGAUCCGUCAUGCAAGACACAAGCAAGCAAUACUUCACCAUCACCGACUACGAUGACCACGGCAGAAUAAAAACAGUGCUCAUGAAUAUUAAAUCAUUCGAUGUCUUCCGCCUCGAACUGGAAUACGAUGCCAGAAACAGAAUCAAGUCUAAAAAGAUGUUGAUCGGCGACACGUCUUCCAGCGAACGAAUCAGUUACAACUUCGACGGACAUCUCAUGGAAGUGGUCGGCUCCGAAGAUGAUUGGAAAUACGUUUACGAUGAGAACGGUAACGUCAUUGGUGUGAUCGAGCACGGUGAGAAGCGGUACCUGGGCUACGAUAUCGGCGACAGGGUCGUCCAGUACGGCGACAUUGAGUUCAGCAGCUACGACGGCCGAGGCUUCGUUAUCAGGAGGGGAGAACAGAAAUACCGCUACAAUUCCCGAGGACAGUUCGUGCAUGCCUUCGAAAGAGACAAAUUCCAGAUGUGGUACUACUACGAUAACAGGAAUCGACUGGUCGCCUGGAAGGACGAUAAGAAUAAUGUCACCCAAUUCUUCUACACCAAUCCUCAAACUCCUAAUCUUAUCACACACAUGCAUUAUCCUAAAGCCGAGAAAACUGUAAGGUUCCUUUACGACCAGCGGAACUUCCUUACAUGCAUAGAAACGGAAGACCAGAGGUUCUAUGUUGCGACAGACCACAACGGCUCGCCGCUCGUCGUGUUCGACGUCAACGGUGAAAUCAUAAAGGAAAUCAAACGCAGCCCCUUCGGAAAGUUAAUAAAAGACACCAACCCCGGCUUCUACGUGCCCGUAGACUUCCACGGCGGUAUAUUUGAUUACAACACGAAUCUCGUCUAUCUGGACAACAGGCUGUACGACCCGAUAGUCGGGCAAUGGAUGACGCCGAGCUGGGAACACUUGGCAACCAAACUCAGUCUUCCAACGGAUAUUUUCAUCUACAGAUUUAAGAACAACGAUCCGAUAAAUAAGAACCAGAACGUACCGUACAUGACGAACCUGGGAAGCUGGCUCGAGCUGUACGGCUACGACCUGAACAAGAUGAUGGGAUCGAGGUACAUCACCGACAUGAUCUUCCAACCGAUAACUUCCGUGUCGGCGCCACAUUUGGCGCCCGAUUUCGGUGUGAUGUCUGGUCUUCAGUGCAUCAUUGAGAAGGUAAAUGACAAACUGUCGGACAUCGACUUCGUGCCGACGCCGCUCCUGAAGAUGGAGCCGAUCACGCGCAACCUGCUGCCGCGCGUGUCGUACAAACGCGGCGUGUUCGGGUCGGGCGUGCUGAUCUCGCGUGUGGACGGCCGCGCCUACAUCAGCGUGGCGGACGGCGCCAACAGCGUCGUCGAGGACGUCAUCACCACCGUCUUCAACAACUCCUACUUCCUCGAUGUACACUUCAGCAUACACGAUCAGGACGUCUUCUACUUCGUCAAAGAUAAUUCGCUGAAAAUCAGAGAUGAUAUGGAGGAGCUGAGACGGUUGUCUGGGAAGUUCAACGUGUCGCAGGACGAAACGAAUGAUCAAGGCUUAGAGGUUCGAGUCCACGCGGUGGGGUCGGGCGCGGCGCAGGCGGUGGUGGUGCUGCGCUACGGCGUGGAGCCGGCGGCGGAGCGGCUGAAGCUGCUGAAGCACGCGCACAAGCGCGCCGCCGCGCGCGCCUGGGAGCGCGAGAAGGCGCUGGUGGCGGCGGGCUGGGAGGGCCGCGGCGCGUGGAGCGAGGAGGAGAAGGAGGAGCUCAUCUCGCACGGCGUGGUGGACGGCUGGGCCGCGCGCGACGUGCACUCCGUGGCCAGGUACCCGCAGCUGGCCGACGACCCCGCCAACAUCGUGUUCGUGCGCGACGCGCGCCGCAAGCGGAGGCGGAGCGGCCGCUCGCGCCACCGCUCGUGAUCUGUCUGAACGUGCCAUUACUUGACGCCGUCUCGACCUCGGGGCGUUCCGGAUUCGAAACGGCUUUAGAUUUAUUUUUAUAGGACUGAAGUUGUCGGCCUUUUGAUGAUGAGUUGUGAUGGAAGUGAUCGGGAUAGUUGGGAUGGAUAUUGUGAAGGGAGAGUUGGGACGGUUUAUGGAUUGACGAUUACGUUUGUAGGCCAUAGUAGUGCGUUUCGUUACCCGCUUUGCGUACUUAGGCGAGUCAAUUAUUUUGAUCCCCUUAUUUUUAAUAUAUUUUCGCCCUAUACUCAUUCUCGGACUGAAAAUGAAUCUCACGAACGACUCUCACAGGGUACCGGGUCAUAAAGAUAACAUAAUAAUAAAGAUAUAAUAAUGAGCGAUGAACUGAACAUAAUAAACCAAAAUACUCAUACGAUCACAAUUUUUAACCCUUUAAAAGAUUAUUUUAGUAGUACCUACAUAUUUUUAUCGAUAUACUCUCGUCACUUAGAAUUAUUAUUUACACGAAAAUGUAGCCCUAUCACAUUGUAGCCAAAUAUCUCAUGCUAUCCAUAAUGUAAUUUGGUUAUUUGUAAAUACUAUUUUUAUUAGUCUCGUAGUUGUUCCUUUAAAUAUUAGACCUAAGGUCUUUUUUUACUUCGCAAUACUAUUACUAUUUAAGCAAUAUUUUAUACCUAAUGUUUUUUAUAAAAGCGCCUCUGACAUGAAAUCGAAUGACCCCAACGCUAGCUACUCUACUCUAGAACCUCGUCGGUAGGGCGAGUCCACGCGAGCUCCCGUAGCCUAGCCCACUUCGGAGACAGAGUUCUAAGUAGCGAUACAGUAAUCCCAUUAGAAUGGCCUCAUACUAAAUAGACAAAUAAAGUAAAUAUAAUAAUUUAAUUACAUAAAACGUUAAUACGUACUUCUGCAUGUGUUGUGCAAUAAAAAGGGUAGUUUUACAUGUAGAGGCUUCUUGCUGACUUAUCAUUCUACGCACGUUUCUAGAGACUGAGACUUAUUACUAUUUUUUAUGUUUUUCGUUCACGGACUGCUCAAAAGCAAAACCCAAACGAUCAGUGAUAUUUAUUCCUAUACCCAAUAUUAUAUACCGUAUUAUUUAUAUUUCUUAUUUAUUAUUGAAUUUAUCUUUUAUAAUGAACUGUUUUUGAAAUGAAUUUAUAAUUGUAACUAUGUAAUGCAAUUGCUGUCAAGCGGCAGUGUUUUUGGGCAGUCUAGUGUCCGAACUUGUGAUUUGUGAAUUCAUCUACAGUAAGUCAGCGAGCAAGGAGUAAUUUAUAACUGUAGUUGAUAGUAUAUGUCCAUAAAUGUGAAUCAUUUAAAUUGUGGUGUCUACUCUGUGUUAGAGGUACUAAGUAGCUAGUUGACUGAGGUGGACGUGAAUAUUUGAUACAAAAAUUGUUGCGGUGGGAACUUCGGCACCCAGCGGCCGGACGGCCCAGCGAAGGUGAUAUUUUUGGAAUAUGUGACUAAAAAAGCAAUACGUCGUAAUGUAAUACGUCUUAUCAUUUAUCUAACUAUAAGAUGUAUUUUUAUUUAAAUUAAUUAAUAAUAAUGAAAUAUAUAUCUAUUGUGAAUGUAGUUAUUGAUUUCGCGGUGAUAUAAAACUAGAGCGGUAUAAUUCUUUUUUUAUAAUGUAUAAAGAAUUCUAAUUUGUAAAUAGGUACUUAAAGUUGAGAUGUAAUCUGUAAAAAUAUUGUACAUAUCUUUACGCUUGGAAUUAUUUAUAAUUUACCCUCUAAGUUAGGAUAUGGUGUAAUAUAUCGGCAGAGAGGCUCUAGAAUCUACUCCACAGGCGACUGCUACUCACUCGAAUGUAUUACAUGAUCUGUAAUAAUAAAAUUGACUUUAUUACUUCGUAAAGACGGGCAUUACGGGCGAAACGAAGUGGGCCAGUACAUUGGUGUCAAAUCGCGUUGUGCGCAACCAAUGCCAGCCAAUCGUGCAGUCUAACGCAACUAGGAGCAAAACCUUGUACUUAUAUACUCCAUAUACGUCUUUACGAAGUAAUAAGUAUAUGAGUCAAUAAAUAAUAAGUAAUAAUGAUAACACUUGAUACUGACAAAGGCACAUCACUACAUCUAUAUAAAAUUAGCCAUAAUAAAGUAUCAAGUUUUAUUAUUAUUAUAUGAUUUGUCGUUAGGACAAAUCGUUUUGCAAUACCGCUAAAAUAAUUUUCAAUAGCGUCAAACAUCUACAAGAAAUGUUUUAAAAAUACUUCACUACUGGUCUUGAUGUAAAAAGGUGGCACUGCAAUCUGCCGAACUGUAGACUGUCGAAAUAAUUAUUAAUAGGACACCCAAGAACAAUCAUGUUGGAUCAUCAAACUUUGUCGCUACGUGUCGGCGCAAACCGCUUAGAAAAAUAACCGUAAUCAGUGCCUGAGGGCCUACCGCGAACACCAAAGUUCGCAAAUUGCGGGCAUCUUUCUCUGUCACUCUAAUGACGUCGUAAUUGGAGUAAAAGAGAAAGAUGCCCGCAGUUCCCAAUCUUCGGUGUUCGCCGUUGGCAAUCUGGACUUGAGUAUGCAGGACACAUGCCUACUUGCCUAAUAUGCCUGGAUACUUAAGGCAGGGGCACUGACUAUUCAAUCAGAUGCAAGAAUAUCUAGGCUUCUUACAGUUAUAAGGCAAUCAAAAAUACAUUGGAGAUAUUAAUGUAUUUGCAGUUGUGAUAUUUUUGCUGCUGACUGUAAGACUGUAUUAAAAACAACAAUAAUUCCACUAGUACCAUACUUGUCAUAGUUACAUAAAUUAGAACAUCCAUGAUUCCGUGUCGCCAUAAGGCUGCCUUACUCUGAAGCGGAGAUGAGACGUCCGGAAUUGGUUGUAAUCCCUCACCUCCGCCUUAGUGGUAAGGUAACAUUAGCAUUAUUUACGCUUUCCGAAACAAAAAACUUUGCAUUAGAAACCAUUCGUUUCAGAACUUGCCGUUAUCAAUUAUCAUCAAUGUUUCUAAGCAAUAGACUCAGCUUCUAGAUGUAAUAGAGCGCUUCACAUAGUCGGGAGGCGUAGCAUAGUCCGGGAUCCGAACUGCAUUUACCUGUACUAUAGUAGACAAGCGUAGCCCCUUUAAGACUCUGGAUGUGUAAAGAGUUCCGUACUCGCUAGAAGUGCGUGCGACAGCAUGUACAAUAAUAACAUAGAAAGUAUUCUAAUGGAAUAUGUAAUAAAAAUAUUAAAUUAUA